UCUAUUACAAUUUACAUACUACAUACUUCUGUGAUCUGUCAACUAAAACUGUGUCGCUGAAAAUAUUGAAUAAAUUAAAGCGUAAAUUGAACAUAAUAUUUCCAUUAUUUAACGUUUUGUACGAAAAACUGUAUUAGCUUAGUAAAGACAACACAAAUAUCAUAUAAAAUGUCGGUGUUGGAAUUUUUAAAGGACCUACCAUCUUACAAUGAACAAAAUUUUACGUUGUUUAAUACUGACAAUGGCAUUAGAAAUAGUUCCAAGAGGCCUUCAAUAUACCUACCUACAAAAGACAUUCCUUCUGAACAAAUAAUUGUUACAGAAAAAACAAAUAUAUUGUUAAGAUACUUACACCAGCAAUGGGAAAAAAAGAAUAAUAACACUUCUCCUAAGAAACGGGAUCUGAGUAGUGUUGAACAAAAUGGAGAUGAAAGGAAUGCCCGUAAAAGACCACGGCUGAAUUCGCCAUUAAACUAACUAAUGUUUUCAAUCUUAAUUUCUCAUUAUUAAGCAUCAUUGAUAAACAAUGCAAAAUUUUAUUGAGUAUGCUAGUUAAAGUUUAUACUUUGAACCAAUUAUUUUAUUAUGACAUUUAAAUUAAACUUUACAUUAUUACAUGUAUUGUUAAUUUUAAAAUGACAUAGUAGUAGAUAAUAAUAGCAUAUGAAGUUAAUUAUAAACAAACUUCUUACCCCUGAGAAAUUAUAUUAUACAGUAUCAGUAAUGUACUAUUAAGCAAUAACAUAAUUACCUUUG